UCUGAAUCCCCUCAAUUCAUGCGAAAAUGUAGUCUACCAUCAUGAGAUGCCUUUAUUGUCUCCCUGUUUACUGUCAUCUGUCUCGGCAAAAGCAAUAUUUUGGGGACAAGGUUUGACGGCUGCGACGUUGGGUUGCGCACUAAGGAUCGUCAAACCUCCAACCGAACGUGGAUCGACCGCGCCGUGCGCGCAUGGUCAAUAAACUUUAGCUCUUCUACCGGACCCUACAAGAUAUGGUCUAACCCUCGCCGCCCUGCAUGGCGAUGCUGUGUCGCAAGGACUCUGUCGAUCGUGGAUCUUCGUGACUUCGUGAACACUUACUCUUCACUCACACACACACUACAUUCGUUCUACAUGCUUUCUUUUCGGAGAUUCUCGAGUACCACUUAAAGAAGCCUUGCGCAUCUUGACGAAGUGGCUGAGACAUCGGCGCGGCGUCGUCCAUUCCUUCCUUAACAGUAUAUCCAGCUCCGACACUAUCUUUAAUAAUAAUGUCUACCACACUCAUUACUAGCCGUCGACAACGAGAAAUCACUACUUCUACUUCAUCGCGAAGAACGCCCGCCACAUCCACUUCGUCGCAACGAGCGUCCACAACUUCUACCACACAGCGAAAGCCAUCCGCAACUCCCACCUCCUUACGUGUAGCUUCGUCGUCACCAACCGCACUACCUACCAACUUAGCAUCAGACUUCUCUUUUAUUCAACUUGAGACCAAUCCUGUCCCCAGCGCAACCAACUCAAUCGAUCAGCCAAGUCUUAUCGACACAAGUGUUGGGGCCAGCGAAACAUGCUCUACAGAUAGCAACUGCACAAAGGACCAAACGUGUUCGAGCUCAAGAUGCGUUGCUAUGAACGGUGCUGCACCGCUUGGCGGAUCGGGUCCAGAGCCAACUUCGCAACUGACACCAGGCUCAGCUAUCGGUAUCGGCGUAGGAGUUGUGGGAUUGGUCGUACUGAUGGUAGCGCUCGGUUACUGGUUCUGGAGGAUUCGAGCAAGACGGCCACGGCCUCAAACCAUUGAAGAGCCCUCAAACGAUCUUCGAAGGUGUGCGACGAAUGCAACAGAUCAAAGAACACUGGUAGCCUCAUUACCAAACAGCCCCCAGAACGCAGCCUUCAGUCAACAACAAACCAUGGCCCCGGAGCUUUUCGCCAGAGCUCUUGCGUUUAACGACACAAAGGAGAAAGCGGGCAGCAAGAGAUCGGAUUCAUUGGAUAAGAAGUCGCGGAUCUCAACGGAGAAAGCACUGCCACCUCGCCCGACACCUCAUCCGCUGAUGUCAAAUCCUCUUCCACCUCCGCCCACGGAACCGAAGCGAUAUGCCGUCAACGUCAACAUCAACAAGAGCAUGAUUUUCGACGAUGAGAUGAUCAACGCUGUCAGUUCACUUCGAGGUAACGAUACUCCCCGCAGUAGUGGUACGCCUCGUGAUCGUAAGCCGCAAUAUAAGUUCGAGGAAUACAUCCCUCCUACCGCGAAACCUCCGCCAGUCAUCAUCUCGCAGCCAACGCCGACCACGGAGAAGCGAAACUCCGAGUAUGAAUUGAGCCAGUUUCCGAACCGAAGGAACUCUGCGGAUACCGUCUCGAUAGCCGACGACAACAGCUCAAAGGGGGGUGAUUCAGAACCCCCAUCUCCCAUUGUCGAGACUCUUUCUAGACUGGAGAGCAAGGCCCCGCAACUACCAUUGCCUGACCUGCCGCCUCCAAGUCCAAGCUUCAGUUUCCGUUCCUACGACUGGUACCAAGACAUCAUAGGCGAUCAGCCAAAUGGCGAGCCGGCGACGCCAACGCUGCCUUCGCGUAACCCUGCACGUACACCAACACAAUCCACAUUCCCUAAACCACUAUCUCUUUCUCCAAAGAAGACCAAGCCCGCCGACCUGGCCAAUCUGGACUCGAGUCUUAUUCCAGCACCACUUUCACCUGCUGCACCUCCUGCUGCUUCAGGUUUGCUUUUGCACCCAAGCUCAGCGGCCUUACCCAGUCCCACGAGCCCCAAUUUUCGUUUAUCACCAACUGUUUAUACACCGCCGUCGCGACAAUCACCACCUAUACCACCAACAGCACCGCUUCGAAGCUCGGCACGGGCCUCUACACAGAGCACCAUGACCCGUGCUACGCACGAUUCCCGAAGCUGGCUACCAGAUGAUGGACUCUAUCUUGCUGAAGAGGGCGACGAGUAUGCCGAAUACAAAACUUACCAUCGGCCCAGCGAGGACAGCAGACCGACAAGCUACUCGCCUUUAACUUGAGCUAUACAAGCCACCUAAUCUUAGAAGACGAAGAGCCGACCAUCAUUUCAAAUACAGAGCCAUGGGCGGUCGCUCACCUUUUGUACUU